AUGAAACUUGACUUCAGCAUUACCGACUGGUAUGCGUUUGGAUUAGCGAUUAUACUCAGCCUACUGGCUCUGAGACGUGCCAUCGCGACAGUGUUCCGCUUCAUAUGCCCUCUUGCCUUUCAAAUAUGGAAUUUUCAAGCUUUCUAUCGCAUUAGAAAGAGAGUCUCUCAGUGGUCAGUGAAGCACCUGGUAUAUAGGAGCUUUUUCCGUCAUGGGAGCAGCCUGGAUACAUUUACCAGAGCCCACACCAUUCUUUUCCUCUCGUAUCUCGUAUCGAACCUUGGCUAUGUUCUCAUAAACACAUUAGACACCGCAGAAGCGUUCUCUCGAGCAGGUGUAUUAGCAGUAAUCAAUGCCGUGUUGCUUUACGUCGGCCCAUGUCUCGAUUUUGUCGCUACGGUCUUGCAUUUACGCCUUCGGAUUCAAAAACAGAUUCAUGCGACCGCUGGCUACAUGGUUGCAGUACUAUGUACCAUCCAUGCAGCUGGAAUCUUUUCAAGAUAUGGAUGGUCUGCAAUGGAUGAGACGCAUAAUCUUCUUGCUGCUCUGGUAGUGGCUCUUCUUGGUGUUUAUCUUAUGCUGAUACCUAUGAAGGCUUUGCCAGCAGUAUUUCCUUAUGAGUUCUUGCUUUUCACGCAUCACUCUAUGUCAGUCAUGAUUGGCUAUGCCAUAUGGCGUCACAUACCAGCAGACAACCACCGAAUUCGAGUAUUCCUCUAUGGUAUUGCUGGCAUCUUUCUCUCCUCCCUCGCACUUCAGACUCUAGUGACUCUGUAUAGAAACCAUUUCUGGUUUCAAUCGGUUUCCCUUAGCAAGAACGGGAGCUUUGAUUACAUCCAGGUCAAGCUGACGCUUCGCAAGCCGGUCAAGGUCGAGCCCGGGCAGUACAUCAACUUAUGGAUUCCUCUUGGUCCUAUAUCAAGCAUCCAAAGCCAUCCAUUCACGGUUGCUAAUUGGUCACCGGACGCUCAAAAAGAGCUCAAGUUAUUUGUAGAGGUCAAUAACGGCUUGACGAAGACGUUGCGGGGUAGAGUGGAGCUUGGGUUGACGUCAAAUAUUGGCAUUUUCACGGGACCAUAUGGAAGCAGAAUCACUGUUGAAAAUUACGAGACGAUCAUAUUAAUAGCGACAGGUUUAGGUGUUGUGGCUCUCACACCUUACCUGCAGUGGCUAGUGCACGCAGCCCGUAUGCGUGAAGUCCGUAUUGCACCUGUACAUCUAGUCUGGCAGAUUCCAUCCUGGAGUAGGCUUUUCUCUUUCUCUCUCUGCAUUUCCUAG